AGAACGCGCGCGCCUAUCCUCAUUUCACACCCUCACUUCAACUUCUUCUGUUCUGUCUCUUCCUGUCUCGGCUUCGGGCGUCGUCUGUCGUUGCUUCCCCUCUUUCUUCUUCUGCAGCUUCCGAUCUCCAGCGUCUUGGCGCUUUCCGUUUCUCCGGAGAGUCUUUCUGCGUGCUAGGUGUCUUUUCCGCCGAAACUUGCGCCUCGUCGCUGACGAACAGCAACUGUCCAUCUUUUUCACUUACGAAUCUUCUGAGAAGCGACUUCUUCUUGUUCUCUGUGCCUCGCUGCUAUCUUCGGAGCCUCUCUUUUGCCAGGAGAGAAAAACGGCAGAGCAGAAGAACUCGAAGAGAAGAAGGGGAGGAGAAAAGAAGAGCAGCAGAAGAGAAGGAGGGAAGAAGGAGAGAAAAGACCAGAGAGAGGUGGAGACGGAGGAGAAAAAGAGAACAAAGCGGAGAUGGAGACGAGGAGUCGGUGGAGAGAAGUAUCCGCGUUGGAAGCAGGGACUCUUGCCUGAGAGAACGGUUUCUGCUCCCGUUGCGACGGAACGAUGGAGCCUGGCGCGUUUCCUUGUUCGGGGACCUUUUCUUCAGAGGCGCGCUCCCCGUUCCGCGCGUCGAGUCCGCCUGCCGCGAAGAGGUUUCGGCGUUCAGAACCUGACGACGAAGACUGGGAUCCUGACACCUGCCUCUAUGAAGCCUCGCAGGCCGAUCGGGAGAGUCGCGCGUCGCGGACUUGGCCGGCGGCUCAGGUUCCCCGAGUCGCCCCCCCAGUUGCUCUGAGAGUGCGAGAAGAGGGGAUGGCGGAGAAGAGCGCGGGCAAGACAAAGGAUGCGCGGCCGAGCGAGACUGCACAAGGCGGAGUGUACGGCAGUCUGCCUCUAACCGCUGACAGCUUGAGUCUCGGAGUCGGAGGCUUCAGAGACUUCGGCUCGAAACUGGCGCUAAAAGUCGACCACGCACACCGCCCUCUCUGGGUCUGUCCCGACGGCACAAUUCUCCUCGAGACUUUCUCCGCCGCCAACAGACAAGCCACCGAGCUCCUCCUGACGAUGGCGGAACCGAUCUGCCGCGGCGACUUCGUCCACGAGUUCCAGAUUACGAUAUUCUCCUUGUACGCCGGCAUCAGCAUUGGGCUGUCCUGCGAAGACAUGCUUCUGAAUUUGGAGAAGUUCAGCAAGAACGCGAUUCCGGAGGACUUGGUUGUCCAGAUCCAGAAAGUCGCCUCUGCGUUCGGCAAGGUCAAACUGGUGUUGAACGAGAACAAAUAUUACAUCGAAUCAGCUGAGAAGAAAGAGCUCGACUACUUGCUUUCGAAUCCCCUCAUUCGGAGUUCCGCGGUGGCUCACCGGCGCCCAGAACUCGCCCAGACACCGCAGGUUCCGGCGGCUGCGUCCGGGAGUUCUUCUCUCUUGAAGUCGCUGCCUUCUCCCAGCAACGACGGUCUCUACGUCAUCGCGAACGCGCCGACGCUCGACGCCUCGCAGCUGGCCUUCCAGGUCUCCGAGCGCGACGAGGAAACAGACCCCGCUGGCCUGACAGGCGCGGGGAAAAGCGCGGAGCCAGGAGACACCGCGCCGGGUGCCGUGACCGCGGUCGCUGGGAAUCUAGCCUCGCCUGGAGCCUCCGGCGACGGGGAUCCGUCGGAGACGCGCAAGCGACCGCGAGAGGAAGGCCGAGAGACCUCGGGGGCUGAAGAAGCGCGAGGCAAAGCACAGGUGCCGCUGGCGUCGCCACAUGCGUCGGCCAGUCCGACAGGCGAGGACGGAGACAGCGCGAAGCGGAAGACGAUGAGCGCUCCAACUCGACAGGUUUUCUCCUUCCAAGUGAGCAGCGACCGCGUCGAGGAGGUCAAGCGCGUUUCCGUUGAGAGCAUGCAUCGCCCGCUGCUGAAUGAAUACGACUUUCGCCGAGACAAGACCAACAAAAAUCUCUCUUCGCUGCUCCUCAAAUCCAGCACCAAAAUCCGGUACUACCAAGAAAGAGCGUUGCGAAAGAUGUUCAGCAACGGCCGGGCUCGCUCAGGCAUCAUCGUUUUGCCGUGCGGCGCAGGAAAAACUUUGACAGGGAUCACGGCUGCAUGCACUCUCCGGAAAUCUGUCAUGAUUCUGACGACCAGCGCCGUCGCUGUCGACCAGUGGAGAAAGCAGUUCGAGGAAUAUACGACGAUUGAUUCUUCCCGGCUUCUGACUCUCACUGCAGAGACGAAGCAGACGCUCUGGCCAGUCGACGAAGCGGGUGUCCUCGUGAGCACCUACACGAUGCUUGCCUUCAGCGGUCGCCGGAGUUUGGCCGCCGAGCGAAUCAUGCAGCAAAUUCGCGAACGCGAGUGGGGCCUUUUGAUUUUCGAUGAAGUCCAGUUCGCUCCCGCUCCUGCCUUCCGAAGAAUCAACGACCUGGUCAAAAGUCACUGUCGACUGGGUCUCACGGCAACGCUGGUCAGGGAGGACGACCUCAUCAAGGACCUGCAGUGGCUGAUAGGUCCGAAGCUCUUCGAGGCGAACUGGAUCGAACUGCAAGACCAGGGAUUUCUCGCGCGCGUCUCUUGCCAGGAGGUCUGGUGUCCAAUGACUGCGGACUUUUACCGGGAGUACUUGCGGUGUUCACACGCGAAGCAGCGCAAGCUGUGGGUCUGCAAUCCGACGAAGCUGAUGACUUGCGAAUGGCUGUUGCGCUACCACGAGGCUCGCGGCGACAAAAUUCUUGUCUUCAGCGACAAUGUGUUCGCUCUGCUUCACACGGCGAAGGCGCUGAACCGCCCCUUCAUCUACGGCCAAGUCAGCGCAGUUGAGAGAGUCGCGAUUCUCAACAAAUUCAAGCAUGAGUCGACCUUCAACUCGCUGUUCCUCUCCAAAGUGGGAGACAACGCCAUCGACAUUCCCUGCGCAAAUGUCGUCAUUCAAAUCUCCUUCAAUUUCGCGUCGAGGAGACAGGAAGCCCAGCGUCUCGGUCGAAUUCUGCGGGCGAAGCCGCAGGCGGGAGACGAGGGGGAGAACUUCAACGCCUUCUUUUACUCUCUUAUCUCGAAGGAUACGUUGGAGAUGGUCUACGCAGACAAGAGACAACAGUUUAUUAUCGACCAGGGGUACGCGUACAAGGUGAUUCACAGCCGGGACCUGCCGAUGCAGCCCGACAAGUUGAUUUACGGAGAUCCGCAAAGACAGCGAGAGAUUUUGACAGACAUUCUGGCGUCGGACGACAACGAUAAGACGCUAGACGACGACGAAGACGACCCUUCUCGGCAGGUACUCUCCGCGGUUGCUGGAGAUCGGGGCCGUUUCUUCAGAGUCAAUUCGAAUCUGGGCGACGGCUGGGGUGGAAGCGAAGAAUGUCAACUCGAGAGUUUCGGCGAAAGUCUGCGUGGAUUCGGAGACGCCCCACACGUGCAGCCUCUCCAGGGAGGUUUGGGGAGACUAGCCGGCGAUGGAGGCGCCGCCUACGGGGCAAGGCCCGGGGGUCGGGGCGGCGGGCGCUCUGGGCGGAGCGGUGGCGCCGACGCGACGUCGAUGCAUCCUCUCUUCAGAGGUCUUCACGGAAAAAAGUGAACUUUGACAGAUUUGAGACAGCCAAGAAAGAGGCGAAAGGCCAGAGGCGCUGUUCAGGUUUUCUUCUGCGACCAGGCGAAGCAGAAAAGACUUUGGGGGGCGGUGGAACUGACCGGAGUUCUGGUGCGUCUGUUCAGAAGGGUUUCGCGGAAGAAAGUGCUGAUAAAUGGCGCGAUAACUUAAGCAUGACGGGAGAAAGGAAGGAAUCAUGGGGCGAGCACGGUGGCGCGGACAUUGCCGCUCGGCGGCUGGGCCGUUCUACCAGGGAAAGAUCCCGAUACCUUAUUCUGUUUUUCUGUCGUGCCGUGAAAUGUGUACUUCUCGACUGCUUUUCGUCUUCAGACAAGAACAACAGAAAACGCUCGCGAGUUUCUUCUUUGUUCAGGUUUUUCGUGCGAAAA